AAGAUGGUUUCAGUUCCGAGACGUUAGGUUUAAAGUCACUGCGUUCCUUGGAUCUGAGGCUUCUGCUUGAUGAAUGUGGUUGAAAUGCUGGAAAUCACACUUGAAUUUAGCUUCUUUUCUAACUGAAGAUGGCUUUCUGCCAAGACCUUUUUUUUUUAAAACAAAAAAAAAUUCUGUCAAAAUUUAUUCCGAAAGCUUGCAAUUUUAAAGGUGAUUUUAUGAAGUGCAUAUUGGUGCAGUCGUAAUUCCUUGUGCUCCUAUUGCUUAUUUUGCUUUUGCUUGGUCAAAAUCCAAAAUACUUACUUUUAUGAGUUUGGAUCUUGAUUUGUCUGUGAAAUGUUUAAAAAACAAAGUAAUUUGUUAUACUUUGUCUGAGUUUGAGCAUGCUAUUUAAUUCAAAUCUUCAGUAUCUGUUGCUUUUCCUUAGGCCCUUCAAGGUACGUAACCUUUGUUUCAUGUUAUUUAUAUUAAAUAAUUCUUCCUCACACAAAGCUUUUAAUUUCACAUUGUUUUGACUGAUUAUUAUUUCUAGAAUAUAGAAUAGAAAUAUCUGACAACUAAAUUCCUUUUUACGAAGCUUAUUGGUGGAAAAUAGGCCAAACAAAAAACUUCUCCACUCCAUUUCACAUGUUGGUUUCGGUAAACUUUGAAGAACUCUAAAACGUGUUGAACUAUUCAACUAUUCUGGUAAAAUCUGGCCUUAUUCUUGACUAGUUCUUGAAAGGAAAAGGAGCAGAUAUCAGUGAUUCUGCUAUUUAAGAAGGGGUGGCAUCUUCUUCUUUUGGUCAUACUUUCUUCCACUCCUCCUUUGUUCUUCCUCCUUUGUAGUAUCUUCUUUUAUCUCUUUUCGUUCACUUUUCCUACCCUUAGCUGUUGGUAGGGUCAGGAUAAGAGCACUCUUUCUUCAACUAUUUGUAUACUUUUUUUUUCCCUCUGCAAUACUUGCCUACAUCUCAGGACUGUGUUUGUAAUGUGAUUGGCUGAACCAAGUGCCCCAGAACGUCAUAGAUCAGGUAUCUAAAGCAUGGUUAAGAUAUGCUGCAUCGGAGCUGGCUAUGUCGGUGGACCGACCAUGGCUGUGAUUGCCCUCAAGUGCCCAUCCAUUAAGGUGGUUGUCGUCGAUAUUUCUGUGAGCCGCAUUGCAGCAUGGAACAGCGAUCAUCUUCCUAUUUACGAGCCAGGCCUUGAUGAGGUGGUCAAGCAGUGCCGUGGGAAGAAUCUUUUCUUCAGCAGCAAUGUCGAACAACAUGUCGCCGAAGCUGACAUCAUCUUUGUCUCUGUGAACACCCCCACCAAGACUCGUGGCCUCGGAGCAGGAAAGGCUGCUGACCUGACAUACUGGGAAAGUGCUGCUCGCAUGAUUGCUGAUGUUUCAAAGACUGACAAAAUUGUGGUUGAAAAAUCCACAGUUCCAGUCAAGACUGCAGAGGCCAUUGAGAAGAUUUUGACACACAACAGCAAUGGAAUCAACUACCAGAUCCUCUCCAACCCUGAGUUUCUGGCAGAGGGUACCGCCAUCCAGGAUCUGUUCAUGCCUGACCGGGUUCUCAUCGGUGGUCGGGAGACUCCAGAGGGCCGCAAGGCUGUUCAAGCCUUGAAAGAAGUUUAUGCACAUUGGGUACCAGAUGAUCGGAUCAUAACAACCAAUUUGUGGUCUGCAGAGCUCUCAAAACUCGCAGCCAAUGCCUUCUUAGCGCAGAGGAUCUCCUCCAUUAACGCGAUUUCUGCACUCUGCGAGGCUACUGGAGCUCAUGUUUCAGAGGUGGCUUAUGCUGUUGGCAAAGAUGCAAGGAUUGGACCCAAAUUUCUGAAUGCUAGUGUUGGUUUUGGAGGAUCCUGCUUUCAGAAAGAUAUUCUUAAUCUUGUCUAUGUCUGUGAAUGCAAUGGUCUACCGGAGGUGGCCAAUUACUGGAGGCAGGUCAUCAAGAUCAAUGACUACCAGAAGAGUCGUUUUGUAAAUCGCAUUGUCUCUUCCAUGUUCAAUACUGUCGCAGGGAAGAAGAUCGCUGUUCUUGGAUUCGCUUUCAAAAAGGAUACUGGAGACACAAGGGAGACCCCUGCCAUUGAUGUCUGCAAGGGUCUGUUAGGAGACAAGGCUGAGAUAAGCAUUUACGACCCCCAGGUGACAGAGGACCAGAUCCAACGAGACAUUGUGAUGAGCAAGUUCGAUUGGGAUCACCCGGUGCACCUUCAACCAAUGAGCCCGACUGCCGUGAAACAGGUGAGUGUUGCCUGGGAUGCGUAUGCGGCUGCCAAUGGUGCGCAUGGUGUCUGCAUCCUCACUGAAUGGGAUGAGUUCAAGGAGUUGGAUUACAAGAAGAUCUAUGACAGCAUGCAGAAGCCAGCCUUCAUUUUCGAUGGCCGUAAUGUGGUCGACCCACAAAUGCUCAGGGAAAUUGGGUUCAUUGUCUACUCGAUCGGAAAGCCACUGGAUCAGUGGCUCAAAGACAUGCCUGCUGUCGUCUAAUGGAAGAACUCAGUUUGGGAGGGAACAGCAAUUGCAUCAUCUAUAAAGACUUUGUUUGACUUUAUGAUUCUUUAGACUUCUCCAGCCUAUAGUUGUAUGCAUGUUCUUGCUACUUUUGAAUGAUGAAUCCAAAAGAUUAAUUUUUAAAGUAAACUACUUGAUGAUAUCA